GCGGAGAACCCGAGCGCUGGAGGGAGCCGCCUCUCGCUCCUUUCCCUGCCCACAAAAAGGGGAAGGUCCGCUUUGUUCCCGCGGCCGCCUCCUUCCGUCCCAGCCGAGCCGAGGAGAGAGGCUCCGUGGCGGACGGGAGGGUCCUUCUUCUCCGGUUCGGUAUGAAGGGGCAGCCGCGCAGGCCGUCGCUCCGUCCGCUGUAGCCUUGAGUCCAGGCGGAGGGUCCUUGGCGUCUCCUUGGGGCCACGAAACAGCAGCCGCCGCUGGAAGAGGAAGGGGAGGUGCCGGUCAACUCCCAGCCUUGCCAAGGGGCCGGUCUACCCAGCGUGUAAGGGACUAGAUACUCUGCUCCAAGCCGAGGAAGACAUCCAGGGGUUGGAUUACUCUCAGCCAAGAGGCCGGUGUAGUGACUACUUUACCAAGCUUCCUGUCUACCAAGCCAAGUCGGGAUCCCGAGGCGUGUAAGGGGACUAAUUACUCUAUUCUAAGCCGAGGAAGACAUCCAGGGGCUGGGUUAUUCUCAGCCAAGAGGCCGGUCUAGUGACUACUUUACCAAGAUUCCGGUCUACCAAGCCCUGUUUGAGUCAAGAUUGGCUUCAGCUUCAUUGAGGAUCCGGUCUACUGCCUUCCUUGCUAAGUGCUGGUCUACUGAUUAUCUCUUCAGGAGCUGGUCUACUUGUCUUACCAAGGGCCUGGUCUACUCUCCACCUCUCUUGCCAAGGUCCUGGUCUACUUUGAGACCCACCACCAUGGCCCGGCACCCCUGGACCCCCUAGAGCCAACUCCGGUGUCCAAAGGGAAGCCCCACGGCGGGGACAGGGCCUCCUCUUUCUCCUCCUUCUCUCCUGCGGCCACCAUGGAGGAGUGGCGGCAGUGCGGGCGCUGGCUCAUCGACUGCAAGGUGCUGCCGGCCAACCACCGGGUGGUGUGGCCCUCGGCCGUGGUCUUCGAGCUGGCCCAGGCCCUCCGCGACGGGGUCCUGCUCUGCCAGCUGCUCCACAACCUGGCCCCCGGGUCCAUCGACCUCAAGGACAUCAACUUCCGGCCACAAAUGUCCCAGUUCCUCUGCUUGAAGAACAUCCGGACCUUCCUCAAGGUGUGUCACGACAAAUUCGGCCUCCGCAACAGCGACCUCUUCGACCCCUUCGACCUUUUCGACGUGCGAGAUUUCGGAAAAGUGAUCUCCGCGGUCUCUCGGCUGUCGUACCACACCAUUGCACAGAACAAGGGAAUUAGGCCGUUCCCUUCGGAAGAAACCACCCAGAACGAUGACGACGUCUAUCGGAGUUUGGAGGAACUGGCGGACGAGCACGAUUUGGGGGAGGAUAUUUACGACUGCGUCCCGUGUGAAGAUGAAGGGGACGACAUCUACGAGGACAUCAUCAAGGUGGAGGUCCAGCAGCCCAUGAUCAGAUAUAUGCAGAAAAUGGGAAUGACGGAGGAUGACAAAAGAAACUGCUGUUUGCUGGAAAUUCAAGAGACGGAGGCCAAAUACUACAAGACCCUGGAAGAGAUCGAAAAGAACUACAUGAAUCCCUUACAGUUGAUCCUGACACCGCAGGACAUGGAAGCCAUCUUUAUCAACUUGGAGGACCUCAUCAAAGUCCAUUUCAACUUCCUGAGAGCCAUCGACGUGUCCAUGAUGUCUGGAGGGAGCAGUUUGGCUAAAGUGUUUCUAGAAUUCAAGGAAAGGCUCCUGAUUUAUGGGGAAUAUUGCAGCCGGAUGGAGAACGCUCAGACAACACUCAACCAUCUCAUGGCCAACCGAGAAGAUGUCCGGCAAAAAGUCGAGGAAUGUACCUUGAAGGUUCAGGACGGGAAGUUCAAACUGCAAGACUUGUUGGUGGUCCCGAUGCAAAGGGUCUUGAAGUAUCACCUCUUGCUAAAAGAACUUCUCAGCCAUUCGUCCGAUCGGCCAGAGAAGCAGUCGCUGAAGGAAGCCUUGGAGGCAAUGCAGGACCUCGCCAUGUACAUCAAUGAGGUCAAGCGGGACAAAGAGACGUUGAAGAAAAUAAGCGAAUUUCAGAGCUCUAUCGAGAACCUGCCGGUGAAGCUGGAAGAAUAUGGAAGGCCAAAGAUCGAUGGGGAGCUGAAGGUUCGUUCGAUAGUUAACCACACGAAGCAGGAUAGGUAUUUAUUUCUGUUCGACAAAGUGGUGAUCGUCUGCAAGAGGAAAGGCUACAACUACGAGCAGAAGGACAUCAUCGAACUGCUUUGCUACAAGAUGACCGACGAUCCCACGAACAACAAGGACAUCAAGAAGUGGUCCUAUGGCUUCUACCUCACCCACCUCCAAGGCAAGCAGGGCUUCCAGUUUUUCUGCAAGACGGAAGACAUGAAGAGGAAGUGGAUGGAGCAGUUCGAAAUGGCCAUGUCCAACAUUAAGCCCGACAAAGCCAUGGCCAACAACCACAAUUUCCAGAUGUACACCUUCGACAAGACGACCAACUGCAAGGCUUGCAAGAUGUUCUUAAGAGGGACCUUCUACCAAGGCUACCAGUGCGUGAAGUGCAAAGUUGGGGCUCACAAGGAAUGCUUGGAAAUCAUCCCGCCCUGCAAAAUCAGUUCUCCAGCCGACCAGGACUUACUGAAUAUAGGUCCCAAAAUGGUGGCCGUGCAGAAUUAUCACGGGAACCCAGCACCUCCUGGGAAGCCCGUGUUGACGUUUCAAACCGGAGAGGUCAUAGAGCUGCUCAGAGGAGAUCCGGAUUCACAAUGGUGGGAGGGGCGGCUCAUCUUGUCCAAGAAGUCCGGUUAUUUCCCCAGUUCGUUGGUGAAGCCCUGUCCUGUGGAUGCAAGGCCUCCCAUCUCCCGGCCUUCCUCGCGAGAGAUGGACUACUCAGCAUAUCCUUGGUUUGCGGGCAAUAUGGAGAGGCAGCAGACGGACAACCUCCUCAAGUUGCACUCCAGUGGGACGUACCUGAUCCGCGAGAGACCGGCAGAAGCUGAACGUUUUGCUAUCAGCAUUAAGUUUAAUGACGAAGUGAAGCACAUCAAGGUGGUGGAGAAGGACAAUUGGAUCCACAUCACCGAAGCCAAAAAAUUUGAAAGCCUUUUGGAACUCGUCGAAUACUAUCAAACCCAUUCCUUGAAGGAGAGCUUCAAACAGUUGGACACGACGCUGAAGUAUCCGUACAAAUCUAGAGAACGAGCUGCAUCCAGAACCUUGACACGAUCGCCAGCUGCCUGCGCUUCCUACAAUUUUUCCUUUCUCAGCCCUCAGAGUCACAACUUCACUUCUCAGAAUUCCUCCACUCCUUUCUGGUCAGUAUUCACACCCCGGGUCAUUGGGACGGCCGUGGCGAGGUACAACUUUGCGGCGAGGGACAUGCGGGAGCUCUCCUUGAGAGAAGGGGACGUGGUGAAGAUCUACAGCCGGAUUGGUGGUGACCAGGGCUGGUGGAAAGGCGAGACCAACGGGAGGAUUGGCUGGUUUCCUUCGACCUACGUGGAGGAGGAAGGAGUACAAUGACCGUCGGAUCCGCAGACGCCGGGAAACGAUAUCUCGCCGAGCAUCUUCUACCUGUCCCUGGGGCACCAAGUGACUGUCCCUUUCCUCGGCACUAACCUUUAGACAUGAGACGGGGAAGGCUCUGGUGGGCCCCGAAAAAGUGUGGGUGGGGGCGUGACCCCGGGAGGCAUGGACUCGCUUUCGUGAGCGAGAGGGGUUGGGAGAGGUUGCGCUUCUCCUCGGGGACUAGUCUUAUCUGUACAUAAGAGGUUCAAACCAUGUUUUGUAUUGGGUCGCGUGUGCCGAGAGCAUCCGAGACCAGGUGGCUUCACUGUUGUUAGACUUGGGGCCCUUUUGGUAGAGGUUGGACUCAAAAUGAAACACGGUCUAUGCAAGGGGAAAAUAAUAGGAGAUAAGAGUAAGGGGUGAACCUAAGAGUACGGGGUGGCCAUAAGGAUGAUGACAUUACAUUCCAAGGAAGUCCAGAACAUCUCAAGUCACUUUGAACGUUGACAUGUUUGUGGUGUGGCAAGGCAGUCGGACCAUUCCAUUGCUUUGUUUGGUGACCGAUCCAUUGGGUUGAGGGUCAACCCAAUGGAUCUCUUGGGUUGAGGGUCAACCCAAUGGAGUCCCUUCUUCUGGAAAACGACAAGUGAGGGGCGAACACAAAGGAACGAGGCAUCUCCAGGUUUUCUCCCAAUGGUUCCAUGCCUUUCCAGGGCGGUCAAGACCUUCUCGAGAUGCUUUGGUGAACGUCAACAUCUUGGAGGAGCUGAAGCGUAGCUGGAUUUUGCUUAAGCCUGAGAAGAAAGCCUUGAGUUGAAUUGCUCUAUCUAUCCACCCGCCUUGUCCUGACACCACAUGUGCCAAACCAACGGUGGUCUUACCUGAACGUCGCUUGGGUGAUAACUCCUCCAUCCCAGGUGAGAAUGCGAACUUGAGGGACAGGAGACAUGGGUUGGCACCACCAUGAGAAGUCCUAACUAGAUAGGAGAUUAUAUAUAUGGCCUGAAUGAUAACUGGGAUGGUUUUCCACAAAGCAAAACUGUAGUUACCUGGUGCCUUCUCAACCCAGAUACUCUCCAUUGUCUUGGAGAUCUUACAAAAGUGUCCAUCAUCACCCUAACCUGACCCAACAGUCCUUCAUGGGAUGAGAACUGGAAAGAAGACCAACUGGAAGCCGUUCUUCAGAGGCACAAUCGUCGCUUGGGUGAUAACUCCUCCAUCCCAGGUAAGAAUGUGAACUUGAGGGACAGGAGACAUGGGUUGGCACCACCAUGAGAAGUCCUAACUAGAUAUGGUCUGAAUGGUAUCUGAGAUGUUCUUCCACACACCUACCGACUGGGAGCAAAGCAAAACUCCAGUUACCUGGUGCCUUCUCAACCAUUGUCUUGGAGAUCUUACAAAAGUGUCCAUCAUCAUCCCAACCUGACCCAAUAGUCCUUCAGGGGAUGAGAACUGGAAAGAAGACCAACUGGAAGCCCUUCUUCAGAGGCACAACCAUCACUUGGGCGAUAACUCCUCCAUCCCAGGUGAGAAUGCGAACUUGAGGGACACGAGACAUGGGUUGGCACCACCAUGAGAAGUCCAAACUAAAUUGGAGAUUAUAUAUAUAUGAAUGGUAUCUGGGACGUUCUUCCACAUACCUGCUGACCGGACACAAAGCAUAACUCCAGUUACCUGGUGCCUUCUCAACCAUUGUCUUGGAGAUCUUACAAAAGUGUCCAUCAUCACCCCAACCUGACCCAACAGUCCUUCAUGGGAUGAGAACUGGAAAGAAGACAAACUGGAAGCCCUUCUUCAGAGGCACAACCAUUGCUUGGGUGAUAACUCCUCCAUCCCAGGUGAGAAUGUGAACUUCAGGGACACGAGACAUGGGUUGGCACCACCAUGAGAAGUCCAAACUAGAUCGGAGAUUAUAUAUAUGGUCUGAAUGGUAUCUGGAACGGUCUUCCACAUACUUACCAACUGGGCACAAAGCAAAACUCCAUUUCCAGGUGCCUUCUCAACCCAGAUACUCUCCAUAAUCUUGGAGAUCUUACAAAAAUGUCCAUCAUCUCCCCAACCUUGCCCAACAGUCCUUCAGGGAUAGAAACUGGAAAGAAGACCAAUUGGAAGACCAACUGGAUGCCCGUACCCAUCCUCACCUGACUCAGGAAUCCGCAAGUGGAAUCUAUCAUGCAUUGAUGUCUUCUCUAGCGAUCUUCACCAUACUCUUCAUUCUUCCCACAUCCCGUAUUCACAAGAAUUUGUUUUAAUCCAUCCAAACGCAUGGACCAGCUUUAGACUGCGGUCAGAUUUGUCCAGUGUCAGGACCAUCCUCACCCUCUUCCAUGAGUCUCCUGGAAGAGUCACCAGGGCAUCGGUGGUGGACGUCAUCUUUCAGUUGAGCUUGGUCUGCAAUGGCUAGUCAAACCCUAAUACGAGGGUUAUCCAGAAAGUAGAUUACGUUUUGUAAUUAAAAAUGAACAAAGUAUAGGAGAAAACAUUUACCAUCUGCAGUUGAAAGCCACACCCAAAUAUCACUUCUCAACAUAGUCGCCAUUCAAAUCUAGGCACUUAUCAUAGUGAUGAAUGAGCUUGGCAACUCCUUCCCCACAAAACUCUGCCGCUUGCGUCCUCAGAAAGUAUAGGAGAAAACAUUGACCAUAUGCAGUUGAAAGCCACACCCAAAUACUUCUCAACAUAGUCGCCAUUCAAAUCUAGGCACUUCUCAUAGCGAUGAAUGAGCUUGGCAACUCCUUCCCCACAAAACUCUGCCGCUUGCGUCCUCAACGCAGCGUUUUGGUGACGAUGCGCAGCUGCGGGAAGAGUAACCCGAUGGUUGAGGACGCAAGCGGCAGAGUUUGGUGGGGAAGAAGUUGCCAAGCUCAUUCAUGGCGACAAUAUGCAGUUGCAGGAAGGAGUGACCAGCUGGUUGAGGAUGCAAGCGGCAGAAUUUGGCGGGGAAGGAGUUGCCAAGCUCAUUCAUGGCGACGAUAUGCAGUUGCAGGAAGGAGUGACCAGCUGGUUGAGGACGCAAGCGGCAGAAUUUGGCGGGGAAGGAGUUGCCAAGCUCAUUCAUCACUAUUUGAAUGGCGACUACGUUGAGAAGUGGUAUUUGGGCGUGGCUUUCAACUGCAUAUGGUAAAUGUUUUCUCCUAUACUUUGUUCAUUUUUAAUUCCAAAACGUAAUCUACUUUCUGGAUAACCCUCCUAUCAAGAGAAGAAGUUGUCUGUUCACACUAAUAUUGCUCGAGUAUGACUCCAGUGUUCACAGUACUGCUGAAUAUGUGUUGUUGAAGGCUUUCGUGGCUGGAAUCACUGGGUUGCUGUGAAUUUUCCGGGCUGUAUGGCUAUGUUCCAGAAGCAUUCUCAUCCUGAUGUUUCACCCACAUCUAUGGCAGGCAUCCUCAGAGGUUGCCAUAGAUGUGGGCGAAGCAUCAGGAGCUAAUGCUUCUGAAACAUGGCCAUACAGCCCGGAAAACUCACAGCAACCCAAUGGCUGAAUACUUGGUUGAAAACCAAUUGAGCCAUCACAAUGCACACAAGACUCAUUUCUGUGAAUUUUCCAGGCUGUAUGGCCAUGUUCCAGAAGCAUUCUCUCCUGACGUUUCGCCCACAUCUAUGGGAUGAUGCCUGCCAUAGAUGUGGGCGAAACAUCAGGAAAGAAUGCUUCUGGAACGUGGCCAUACAGCCCAGAAAACUCACAGCAACUCAGCUUCUGAAUUCUUGACUGAAGACUGAUUGAGCUGCGAAUUGAGCCAUCACAAUGCACACAAGAGACUCGUUUCUGUGAGUUUUCUGGGCUGAAUGGCCAUGUUCCAGAAGCAUUCUCUCCUGAUGUUUCGCCCACAUCUAUGGCAGGCAUCCUUCCAUAGAUGUGGGCGAAACGUCAGGAGAGAAUGCUUCUGGAACAUAGCCCUACAGCCCGGAAAACUCACAGAACUAAGGAAUCUCUGGGUCCUCCAUUGCAAUCCUAUAGCCAUUAUGGAUAAAAUUAUGGACAAAAAAAUUUAUAAAAUCCCUUUUGCAUUUGUUUCAUAACUUAUGGCCCCGACUGUCACCGCCGUAUAUAUUUAUAUAUAUAUAUAUAUGUGAAUAAGAAAAGAAGGGUUUUCUAUCAAUAGGGGAAAGAAUAUUGUACAUAUAUAUUUAGUUGGUUUUGCAACAAAAUAAAAGGGAAAGAUAAAAAUUUUAAAGGAUUGUAAUGAUGCAAAAAGAGGGGAAGAGGUGAAAAUAUGGAAAAGCCUGGAUUUUAUUUGUCGGUUUUUCGCGAAGGUUUCUUUUGCACUACCCUCAACGGGGACCAAAAUGGACGGAAAUCCGGACUCCCUUGGUGACUGUUUCUGGCUACAAACCCAUACUUUGGCUGCUGAUUGGAUCCGUAUAUUAUCACAUUCCUUUCCCAAACCGUUUCGAGAUAUGUUUGUAUGCAUUUCCCUUCUUGCUGCAAAACGGGGUCCGAGACUGUUCUCUUGCAAAUCGACCCUACGCGACUCUGUCACAGAUCUUUGCACCUUUUGAAACUUUUUUUUUAUACUGCAAAUAAAUCUGGGUGUGUUUUUUUUUCCUUUUUCUUUUGACAGAAUGACAGAA